GGAAACGUCAUUUUUCCAUACAUUUGAAAUCAUGAUAAGAACCCACGUCCAUGACCAUGAGAACCUUUACAACGUGUAGCAAAAAGUCUAAGAACAUAAAAGCUUACUCACAUGGUAAUGUUCUAACAUAGCUGCCUUGUUAACAUAAGGAAGUCAACAAACUCAAAAUCAAAAUGGACCCGCAACAAGUCCCACACUAAUCCAUGCCUUCAAUCUCGCACAAACACAGUAAUCACACUCGUGCCCCUCACUUGUAACUUAGUUGUCCACCAUAUAAAUAUGCACCUCACUCACAUAAACAAAAACAAAUCCUAAGUUUCUUUUACUCUCUAGAAUAGAAUGGGUGUGGAAGAUGGUUCAUUUAGAAAGCCAGGUGCAGUUCCAUUCAAGUGGGAGAUAAAACCUGGUGUACCAGUACACCACAACCAUCAUAACUACCAUAACCACCACGACCACCAAGAACCACAGGUUCAGUCGCCGGAACCACCAUCGCCAAAGCUCAGGCCACCUCCGGCAGGGUUAUAUCCAUUUUCCCUGGCUGAGCCGCGGACCAGAUCCUUUCGGUCGAGUCCGAGAGUACGGUCCGACCGGUGGAGGUUCGACCGGCCGCUUAUUACCCGACCGGAAACCGUGUCGGCUGGUUGCUUCUUCUCGCCAUUGCUAAGGAGAUUGUCGAGCAAGAAGGCGGGUUCGAAACGGUUUGCGAAACCCGAUAAGGAAUCUCAAAGUGUUUCGGAGCUCGAGACGCUUUCGCGGUGGUCGUUAUCGUCGAGAAAGUCGUUAUCGCCGUUUCGGGUUUCGACGUCGUCGUCUUCGGUUGCAUCUUCGCCCCGACUCGUUGGCGAUGCUGAAUGGGCCGGGUUUGGGCUUUUCUGAGAAUGAUUUGGCCUUUUUUGAUUGAAUGAUAAGUA